GUUCCUGUUUUGAAUGACACACGUGACACGUCUGUAUGUGCGUGUCGGGCUAAAGACUGAACGCAUUUAGUGGCUUUAUCAAUUAUCACGUUUGUUUGGUUGAUAUCCUACUGUAAUUUUAAAAUCCCCUAAACAUUUCGACAUCGACAAAUCAAUUUCGUUAGGCCUAUUAUCGAUCAGAAUGGGAAUUGUUUUCUGUUUUCGGCUUCGAUUUCUCAACUUUAUUGAAUGCGACUGGAUUCAAUUUCAAACUGCAGCGGGAAUUAUUUAAAAUGUUACAUUUGUCGCUAUUUGCAUUAGGUACUACACAAAGGUUGAAUUUUAACGUAAUGUCAAAACCAUUAGAAAAUGUCGCUCAUGUCUGUCAGAGAUAACGAAAUCUGUGAGACUUUGUUUAAGCAAUGCUCAUUAUCUCGUUAUCGUUGAUGGAAAACGAGGCUUUAUAUAAUGAAGGUAAAUCGUUAGUCGUCGUCGUGUGCCCACUGAGCUUCCAACUGUGAACAACAUUUUCAAUUUAAGAUGCCAGCAUUUCAUCACUCUCUUUUGCAGGUUUUAGUACUCGGGUUUCUGUUGACGGCUGUUGUAGCCGAUCCCCGCAGACAAUUUGAUGCGAAUGACGUAAGGCCAACAGUACAUAACAGUAAGGGCCAACAACGGGCUGCCUGCCCGGAAGAUUAUUCGCCUUGCCUGUGCGAAUUGUCUGCCAACGGGAUCGAAGUCACUUGCGUCGACAUUCCCGUCGCCGAUAUUGUCAACGUCUUUUACCGCACCCGAAGCAUCGACCUCUACCAGGUCGUCCUGACGGCCUCUGGUUCGGGAUCUGUCGAUUUGCCCGCCGACCUCUUGAAAGACAAACGCGUUGAACGCAUUUACCUGGGCUGCCAGGUCAACGCUUCCCCCAAACUCGGUCUCACUAUUGCGCCUUUGACUUUUGAAUUCACGCGGUUCAACACGACCGUCUUCGGCAUCUUGAACUGCGAUCUGGCCGGACAGACGGACAUGCAAUACCUGAACGACUUUUUAGUUCUCAACACUUUGAGAGUUGACGAUUGCGAUAACAUUGAAGCCAUCGAAAGCCUGCCCACUUCUACCUUACCCGCUCUCAAGGAAAUGAUUGUCGUCAACUGCACAGGACUGGAAAAUGUCACCUUUCCCGAUUUGACUCCGGCCAGAUUGGAGCUGUUGCAACUGGAAGGCAACGGGUUGACCGAUGCGGUCGUCAACAGCAUUUUAGUUGCCGUUGCCAGUUCAUCGUCGUCCAGUUCAUUACAGAAAUUGGUUCUGUCGAAUGAGUACACGAUGACCAAAGUCCCAAGGAUCGCUUCUUUCUCUAAAUUGGCUUUGUAUGACGUCAGUUUCAACGCCAUCCCUUUCAUGAGCCAAUCGAAUUUGAUUUUCAACGCACCUGUUAACUUGGUCGGCCUCAAAAAUAUCGGAUUGACCGCCAUCGAAGGAGGGGCUUUCUUGGGUGACUACUCAAAGGCAUUUGUCUACUUGGAGAACAAUAAACUGACCGAGUUUAGGGAGGACGUCUUCAAAUCGAUGCUUCAGCAGAUGGCCGCUCAGCCCGUCGGUACUGGAGGUCAAGUCAUCCUCACUGAAAAUCCAUUUGAUUGCGAUUGCGGUUUGGCCUGGUUGAUCCGAGACAAUCCAGCUCUCCUGCCCAGUGUCAAGAACGGAGUUUGCGGCGGAUUCUUUAGAUUCGAGGAUCUCAAUCCUGAUUCCUACGCAAACUGUUAACUUGGGCCCGAUUGCUCGAAUUUAUUGGUAUAUAUAUAACAAUUGGUAAUCCCCUUUAGUAUUUGGCUUUAUUAAUUACCUAAACACUAUGGUAAGCAAUAUACGAUUCAUUCCUGAAACCUCACAAUAAUUGUCUUUGAUGAUUUAUAUCUUUGCCCGAUCAAAUUCUAAAAAGUGUUGUUGCGUUAGCGAGAAACACACAAAAAAGAAAAUGUCAAAAUUCCAUUUGCAAAUACUGUAACAUAGUCAUAGAUGGAGCGUCGGUCGUUGAGACGAUUGCCAAGUUUUAUUGUUUUGAUUUUUCGAAAUCGAAAUCUGUGCCGGCCUUGAAUCAGUGUCAGAUUGGUUCCAUGGCAGACGCACGUAAUUUACAUAAUCAUUGUCAUCACCUUCAGUGUCAAAUGAUUGUCUCAUGGUUGGAUUCAGAACAGUCCGUUUGUUUUAAAUACUCUACUAUUGUAUACGGAUAGGGUUCGUACGGUUCCCAUGAGAUUCCAGCAUGUUAGAACCACUCCUACACAUCUAUGACAUUUCCAUUUCCAUAACACCCAAGUUCUCUUUUGUCUUUGCAUCCAAAACAUUGCUUGGUCGGUUGAUGGAAAUAAGUAUUGAAGACAAGGAAAUAUCCUUAGCAUCUUUAUGUACAGUGGAAGACUGGAUUGAAGGACGAAGGGUUAAAUUUUGACAUUGCUAUGUAACAUUUAGCAAACUGAUGUGAAUGGAAUCUAAAACAAAUUUAAAGGAAUUUAAUCAAAUGCUGCUGAAUAACUGAAUUCAUUAAUAUUUUUGAUAAAGCACUUAAAACAACACAUCCGCUUCACGCAGCAUUACAGGGCUGUUUUCAGACGUUAAUAUUCAGCAU